AUGACCUCGCCGCGGGAUUUACAGGACGAAAUGCCCGGAGAUGGCGAGGAGGACGACCUCAUGUACCAGGAGGAUGCCCCGAAGCCUCCACCCGAGGAGGAGCAUGACCACCAGGUACUCCAGGCCAAUGUGGAUCCGAAAGAGUGGCUCCUCGAGGUGGAGCGCGUCUCAGCGAAGUUGAAGGUGGUCAUGCCGAACGACUCCAAAGAGUGGAGGACCCACCUUCAGCAGACGAAGAGCUACAAACAGGUCAUCGAGACGCAGUUCCCGAAUUCCAAGGUUCAGCUGGACAAGCUGACGGCGCAGCUUAGCCAGGCCCUGGAGCGAAUCAAGUCCAAGGAGGCGUUCAUCAACACCCAGUUCGACCAUCGUGCGCUGGACUACCGGCAGCAGCAGGAGGAGUUACAGCAGGUGCAGCAGCAGUAUACGGAGCUGAACGAAGUGGUGAUGAACCUGCAGAUUGAGCUGAAGAACGUCGGGGAAGAGCUCGACCUCGUUAAGAAUGAAAUGGAUGAAAAGUCAUCUGCAGCCACAGAUACGACUCCCAUCGUGAAGAUGAAGGACGCCUUCAAAAGAUUGCGGGCAGAUACUCGGCAGCUGGAGGUCAGGAUCGGCGUGGUGAGCCACACCCUCAUGCAGGCCAAGCUCCGGCAAAGACCGACCGAGGACCGCAAGCAGCGUGGGGUGUAUGGCGAUUCCCGAGCGACAGGUGAUGAGGAUCAGUACGAUGAGCAGGACCCCUGA